AAUCAAUCUGGCAAGAACAAGAUUCGAAGAUGAAGCUGCCACGAGAUGACGGCUAGGGGGCGAAGCUUGCUCCACGACAGCUCCAGUCAAGUGGGCGCACAAGAAUCCAGAAACAAGAUGACCCGGCCGUGGUGAGUCCUCAGAGUACCAAAGAUGUACAACUACUCAGCAGUUGGGCUGGGUCGUGACUCCGUUCGGCGGUGGGUGCUUUUGCUAGGACUGCUCUACUUCCUGCCCUUCGUAAAUGCCUUCGAUCACGACAAUCCGCCUCCUCCAGAGGAAGCAACUUGUGGCGUAGGUCCUAACGGUCUCAUUUGGGAGGACUACAAGCAUGACUUGACAAGCUACAGCUGGAUCGGCCAUCCUUUUCAUGCAGGGCGAUCGUGCAAGGGGUUGGAUUUAUGAUGGCCAAAGAUUCUUGUUCUUCUCGGAAGUAAGAUGUAAAAAAAAUUUUUGGUGCAUGCAUCAGUCACUUCAUCAAGUACCUUGAAAUUUGAAUUUGUUCAAGAAUAGUUUACCUCUCAUCAUCUCACUCUAAUCCACGCAUCAUGGGGCUAUUGCGGAUUCAUCGCCGGCGACUCGCUCAGCAAGUUUCUAGCGCCAAUCGAUGGCCUCCAGGAGAGCUGUCCACUGGGAUUUCUCAUUAUGGUGGCUUUCAACCGGAUCUUUCUGCUAGUAGACGAGCGAUGGAGCAGUCUGUUUCUUCUAUGGGAUAGCGUUCGUCGU